AUCUGUUCCCUGAGCUGGGCUGACUGGUCGGUCUGCCUUCUGGCACGAACUUGAGUUGUUUAAUGUUUGACUUUGAUCUUUUUUACUUUUACAACAUCCCCUUUUGUUUCGACAGCGAGUGUUGCAUUGCAUUGCGAAUACGAACGAUAGAGAGAGAAGCCAUAUCGAAAUGAGAAUGCGAAUCUGCGACGAUAUUCAACUUGGAUCUACAACUUUUACGACAAGCAAACUUGUACUAUUCUGUUCUGUUCUGUUCUGUACCUGAACUAAGUUAAUUGCGCCGGAAGCGGACCCCAUCUCCACGACGGACCAGACACCUCUCACUGAAGCACGAGUCUGUCACUGCUGCUGCCAAUCGAGCAGUCCAAGGUCCCCUAAAAUCGCCUACAACUGGAGUACAAGGGAAAGGGGGGAAAUUGUUGGCUUUUUGGUGAGGAUCUAGUAGUAUCGCUGGACUGGAUCGGAUUGGAUUCGUCUUGGCUUGGCCUUUUUAGAAGAUCGAUUCAUUUCAAAGAGGAUGCACGACAGUCAGGUCUCGUCUUCUCCUCAAUUUCUCAAUCACAAUCACAAUCACCACCACCACCAACGCCCGAGCGCGUCUCCCUCUGCUGCUACGGCCUCCGCAACCGCUACAGUUCCGCCGCCUUGGGCUUUACCUGCCUAUGCGUCCUCCGCUUCCGUAUCGACCGACUCUAGACCAGCGACUGGUAGAUCACAUUAUUAUCCUCAUCGCGACCCGUCGAGAUCUGCGCUUUCGCCCUCGGCCUCCCCCUCGCUAAACGCCCAUCCUCAUCACAAGCCCCCAGGUCCCCGUCUGCCACGAACUUCCUCACUUCUCCCUCCGCCCCAUAUAGAACCUUCGCCGAGAGCUGUAACUUUCCAGAGAUCGGAUCGCUUAUCGCCCACUCCCACGCCUGGCAGCAACGGAAACGGGAACGGGAACGGAAUCCCCCACAACGCCGCCGAGAGCUCAUGGUUAUUGAAUCGUCUUUCCUCUUCGACAGUGUCCACGAAUUUCAGUCGAGUUUCGGCGCUACCCCCCCGCGCCAACCAUAACAAUUCGCGACUCGGUAAAAGCCCCAGUAUCGAUGCGACCACUUUCAUUGACAACUCUCCACCGCCUUCCAAACCAUCCCCUCGGAAACUCCAGAAGAAUCACCGACCAAGUACAUCAGUCUCCAACCCCGACACCUUUGUUUUUAGGCCCUCAGAGGAACGAAGCCAGUUACCGCAAUCCCUGCCGCUAAUCGUAACAUUAUCGCCCUUGGAGGCGCCCGCUGCGCUAAGCGAUAUACUCAACGUUAAAUCUGAAGGGGCUGGCCCUGGCUCUGGUUCGAGUGAGCCUGGGCGAUCAACAGGCGCCCGCCAGGAGGGACAGUCCCUGAAGCAAUCCGACAAUUCAGACUCUCCAGCGCGAUCCGUUACUUCAACGCCGGGCAGUGCACGUUCAAUGGCUGCAUAUCGACCUAAUAUGCAGUACGAUCAGGACCAAGAGGCUUACCCGCCUCAAAGGGGGCAUUCCAGGAGUCGAUCUGGUAAGGGAAGCAAUGAUAGGGGGCGCGCCAAACCGCCAUCUCAGAAGGCCAUGUUACAUCGUGCCUUGCAGAAGGCGAAUACAGCGGUUCAGUUGGAUAAUGCACAGAAUUUUAAGGGCGCACGAGAAGCUUAUGCGGAGGCUUGCGACCUCCUGCAGCAAGUACUACAGAAGACAACUGCCGAUGAGGAUAAACGUAAGCUGGAAGCAAUUCGACGAACUUAUACAAGUCGAAUUGAUGAGCUAGAUCAAAUGGCACCCUGGCAAGAAGAAGAGACCAAGGCGUUGCCCGCCCGCCCUGAGAGUUUAGCACAGCAUUCCGAGUCAGAGUCUGUAUUACGAUUGGAUGAUGAUGAUGAUGAACCUAAUGAUACCGCUGUCUUUGACACCGCUACAGCUGCGAGAAUAGAUAGUCGCAGCCCUCAACCUCGAAUUGUCAAUUCACCGCCACGAGAUGAUAACCAAGGCUAUAAGAGACGAAGUGCUCAGAACAAGCCAAAACCUAUCGUUACAAGUCUUACACCCGAGCCUGGACUUCUUCAGUCAUCCUUUUCACGAUCACCAGUUCGACUUCGCACUCCUGAACAUUUCCUCCCACAACGACCCGCGGACCCAUACAUGCCAGCUCCGCUCUCCCCCAGACGCCCACUAUCUCCAGCAAAAGAAGUCAAUGACAUGGACGAGCCCGUGCGAACCGAUUUCUCCAUGAGCCAUGACCAGCAGAAUGACCAUGCGCAAGAGCAUAACGUGCCGCAAACGCAUUUCCGGGAAGACAGCAUGAACUCCUGGUUGGAUCCCAUUGACGAAUCGGGAGGCUCGACUGCAUCAUCUGUUCAUUCGCGCACUUCAUCGCUUGGCUUCAGAAGGAAGCACAUUCGGGGCGUUAGUGGAGAAACCGAGGCUGAAUUCGAUACGGCAUUGGACGCAGCUAUUGAGGCCGCCUAUGAUGAUGGGUAUGAGCCAAUGAGUCCAAUGGACCACAGACGAAUGGUGUCAAUGGACGCUGGCGAGGAAGCAGUAGCCAACGCUAUGCGCAAGGUUGAACUUGCUCGCCAAAAAGUCAGAGAGACUGAGCAGGAGGUAUAUGAGAUGGAGAGGGAUAACCGAUCUCAACAGCAAUACCAGUCUUAUGAGUAUCAAGGCACACCUAACGACUUUUAUAACGAUAACUCAUCCGACGAGGAGGAGAGGAUUUUGGAUGAGAUUGCUCGAGAUUACGGUCUCGAAUCAUAUAGACAUCGCCCACCACCACCUCGAGAGUCUGACUCUAGUGGUGUAACUUCACGUACCUGGCAUAGCUCACAAGGGUCAAAUCCCCCAACGGGAGCUACUUCACUCUCUACUGUUACAGAACUGCCACCGCCUAUAAUGCAUCUUACACAGGGCCCAGCUGCGCCUCCACCAACACAGUCUUUACCUGAACUACCCCAACGACCUGGAUCAUCCGCUCAAAGUGUACGAAAUAGACGACUAUCAGGACAGAACCCGAAACAGCUGAAAAUUGAAACCUCCAAGCUCGCUCUUCCUAUGCAGAAUUAUGCCGACGCCAACCAGGCCAAGUCUGCUCCUCUGAGCAGUCAAAAUAUGGAUACUCAAGUCGAAACAGAUACAAAGGCUGCGAGUGCGAACCAUAGACAACCCUCCCCUCCACUAUUCGAAGCCAGUCCGACAGAUAUGACAGGAUCUCGACCUACACCAUCGCCUUUUGGACAGCUGGGCUCAGAGAAGGGCGACGACGAUAUCACCGGCUCUCCCAAUACACGAAAACUGAGGAAGAACUUUUCGUCGUCAAGUCUUCGAAGUAUGAAGAGCCGCAAUAUGUCGUUGACACAUCUGGAAGAAGGUUCGGAUUUGUCUCCUGGAACCCCAGGAAGCAAUCCCUUUGGAUCUCUCAAUGCUCCAUCAGUCCCAGCUCUGCCUACACCUCUUGCCACGAGCUUCCGCGAGCGAUCGGAAACAAACGCGGCUGGACUAUCAUUGUUCGAUGAUCACUUCUAUUCCCCGACAAGCCCUGGUUCGCCUAAUUCGCUCAUCUCCGAUCCUCCAGCUCCCCUUGAGCCUUGUCCUACCGAUUUCAUGCUUCGACCUUUCUGGCUGAUGCGAUGUCUUUACCAGACAUUGGCUCACCCACGGGGCGGGUACAUCAGCAGCAAGCUCUUUGUUUCUAGAGAUGUUUGGAGGGUGAAGGGAGUGAAGCUCAAGAACAUCGAAGACAAGGUGGCCAACUGCGAUUUCCUCACAGCUGCUUUACUCAAGAUCGCGAGAGUGGAUACCUAUGAUGCCGAUGCAGUCUUGGAAGAGAUGCAAUCCCUGGAGGGCAUUCUCGAACAAGUCCAAACAGCAUUGAGUCGCAAACUUGGCAAUGAAGUCGGCGUUCAUGGAUCUGGAGCACUGUUCAAGGACGCAUCCACCGGCGAUGGAGAUGCGGCUGCGGGUGUGCCGCGAUCAGCGAGUGUUUCUGGGAAAUCCUCCUUCUCAUGGCGACGUCUGCGAUCGAAGAACUCCGCAGUCGGACUCGGUGGCUCUUACAUGAGCCGUGUCAACACGGAAACGUCUAAAGAUAUACCCAGCAUUGCCAGUCUACCAAUGACACCAACACCAACAAAUCGUCCUCCCAAGCGAGAUCUGGCUCAGGUCCAAUUCACAGGUCCGAACGCAAUGUACAUGAGCUCAUUGGCACGCUUGUUUGAUGCAGCUCAAGCUAUUGAUCAAAUAGCAAGACAAGUCGAGGAUCCUGGAUUGCGACACGCCGACAAGACUCAAGUUGGUCUUGAGCUAUGUACUCGACAUGCAGCGGAGUUCUUUGGGUUCUACGUGUGUCGAUUCGUACUAUCGGAUCUGGGAUUGUUGCUGGAUAAGUAUCUCAAGCGUGGUAGUGAAUGGGUUCUCACAUGAUUGGGACGAGACGUAGGCUGAACUCUGUACGAUGCAGAUGGGAUGACCUUGCAGCCAAAGAGAUGGAUGAACAUGCAAUGCAGAAGGAUGAACCUUGGAACGAUGGAGACGGAACGAACUUGAACCUUUGGAAUGGGAAUGAAAUGGGAUGGAAUGGAAUGAAUGGGUCGUUAUAAUGCAUGGGCAAGGCGUGAUGCAUUCGGUUUUCCUCUUGGCCAAGUACUUAGAUGUAUCCCGCGUAACGGGAAAAAGGCUCGAUACCCAAGCGAUCUAUAUGUUUCACUGUUGAAGUUUAGUUUUACGAAUGGGACUGGAUGAAUAGCAUUGUGAUAGGUUCCCUUGGAAGUGUGUAUUGAAGGGGACAGCCAUACAAUUGAUGAUGUGUAUAGUUGGUG